AUGUCUCAAGAGUUUCUUCAAAUCCAAACCCUAAUUUCUUCCAAUGACAACUCCAACAAAUCUUCAGGCUACUCAACACUUCUUCAAUUCCAGCAACAUUCUUGCCUCAAUCCUUCUUCGCUUCAAUCCCUUGCACAAUCCUCCAAUUCUACAGUUUCCUCUACUGUUUCCGAUAUUUCAAACCCCGACGAAGAAAUAGCUGCACAAGCCUUGAAAUGUUUAGGGUUCAUGAUUUACCAUCCUGACAUUGCUUCCACGCUUCAAGUGGAUGGUGUUAAUUUGGUCUUGGAUUCGUUGUCGAAACUUAUUACGACCACCAAAUUGAAGACUGUUUGUAAUUUAGGGGUUUGGUGCUUAUCUGUCCAACAGUUAGGUGCUUCAUUUCUUGUCACUCACUUCCGUUCUUUGAUAUAUGCGAUUGUGCAUGCCCUAGACAAUCCAAUGGGUUCUUUGUCAACUACAUUUGAAGCUACACAGGCUAUAAUGAAACUAUCGGGUCAAAUUAGUGAGCAAAUGAGAGACUCAUCACAUAUAUGGGCUCCUCCAGUAUACAGGAGACUUCUCAGCACAGACAAAAGGGAGAAAGAUUCAUCAGAAAGGUGCCUGUUGAAGAUCAGCUCCAUGGUUAUUCCUCCUUCAUUGGAGCUCUCCAAGGUUCUUGUUAAAGAUAUGAAGAUAAAAUUGCUCAAUGGGAUGAAGGACUUGCUAGAUAACGGUAUGAAGAUUCAAGCUAUUCAAUCAUGGGGGUGGUUUAUUCGAAUGCUUGGGUCCCAUGCUUUGAAGAAUAAGCAUUUAGUUAAUGAUAUGUUGAAAAUUCCUCAGCGUACAUUUACAGAUCCUGACCCUCAAGUUCAAAUUGCCACACAGGUUGCCUGGGAAGGUCUUAUUGAUGCCCUCAUUGACCAUCCCAUAUUGGUUUCGGAACAAGCUAAGGAUUCAUUUGGUAAGAACGAUGGUAAGGAUCAUGUAAAUGGGAUUUACAAAAGCAUAAAGCUUAUAAUGACUCCACUGAUUGGCAUCAUGUCAAGUAAAUGUGACAUAUCAGUUCAUUCAUCCUGCCUGAACACAUGGUGUUAUUUGCUACAUAAGCUUGAUGCAUCUGUCAACGAACCCUCAUUGAUAAAAAUGGUUUUAGAGCCUAUUCUUAAAACAAUAUUUCAGAAUGGACCUGAUAGCAAGACAAUCUGGUUAUGGAACCUGGGCCUUGAGCUGCUCAGUGAUAGUGUUUCACAGAAGUGCAGGGAGCUAAACUGCAUAGAAACCGGACUUUCUUCAUCUGGCAAAAGCUCUUGGAAGCAACACCCAGUUAGGUGGCAGCCAUGGGAUCUCAGUCGAUUGGACUUUUAUCUGAGUAUGAUUUUUGUUCUCAUUCGUCAAGCUUCAGUGACAGCGGUCACUUGUGAUCAUAGAAAUCAUGUUUAUGAUGCUGCAUUAAAGUUAUUUAUAUAUAUUCUGAAAGGAGUCAAACUGGACUUGGAAAGUCCAUCUACCAAUUAUGAUGGUAUGAUAGGGUGUUUGGACACAUUACUGACAUUUGUGAAAAAAGUAUGUGAAGAUUUGUCCUCAGAUGGUAGUGAAAAUUAUGAUUUGUAUUAUACUUCCAUUCAGUUUAUAGAAGCUAUCACAAAAGAGUUAGGUCCUUCUAUCUUGGGAUCUCCUCUGUACAAGUUUUCUUUAGACCUAAAGUACAUGAAUGACACACAAUCAGUUGACCAUAACAAACACCUAAAGUUUCUGACUGUCAACUGUGUUUCUUAUAUGGACAAGGUUUCUCCAUUGGUUUAUUUAGUAGUGCUUUACUUCCACACGAUGGUUCAGUUAACAUUUAAGUCCCAGCAAUCAGACCGCAUUUCACAAGGGAUGUCUGAAUAUUUUAAAUUAAUUUUUUCUUCAAGUGAUCCCUUGGAUAAUCUCCUCACCUGUAUUGGCCUCUUGUACAAACAUGUUGAACCAAUUUACUUAAAUAUAUGGAUAGCAAUGGCUCAAGGUCUGAAUUACCGCGUCUCUGAUGCAACCUGCAUGUCACUAAAGGAAUCCUUGUCCGACAGCGUUGGAUAUUCUUCCAUAUGCCACCUUUUAGUUUUCCCCAUUGUGGCGCAUUCUGAAGUUCCAAGAUUGACCUCGUCAAAUGCUAGUGGCUCUAUAGAAAAAUGCUCUGUAUCACCAGAAACAAGUCCGAGGCUUGAACUUGUUAUUCAAACAUGGAAAUCACUUAAUGAAUCACUUAGUGCAUGCUUUGGAUGUUCAACAUUCACCAAUUUCUCAGGGGAUCUGUGCAAAUUGAUAAAUAGGUGGCUUGAUGAAAGUAUUGGCAUGUUAGAGAGUGGCACUGAUUUCAAGUUAACAUGCAGUGAUAUAGAUCUUAAUAUCCUUCAUCUAUCUGGCAAUUUUUUGACAUGCAUUCUUGAACAGAUUCAGACUUUGGAAUUAGUUUCAGAAACCAACAGAAGUAAAUCUGAAUGUGAUAGCAAAAUACUCAACAGAAUAAAGAACUGCCUAACCUUUGCUUCCAAGUAUAUGAAUUUGUUGAGGAUAAAGAUGGUGACAAAUCCACUUCCUGGGUUUGUUGGAACUUCAAGGCUAUCUUCUGCAUUGGCAUCCUUUAUUAAUUCCCUUCACCGGAAGCAAAAUAUUCUUCUUUUUCUGGAGAUUAUUUCCUCUCCACUACUUCAAUGGCUAUCAAAUACAGGAAUGCAAGAUGAAAAAACGAAUGAUAAUCUAAAACUUCUGUGGACUGAAAUUCUUAGCUCCUUAAGAAGAAGCCAACCUCCAAUACACUUUGGUUCGGCUUUACUUGAACUUCACGAACCUCUAUUUGAAAAAACUCUUGAUCACCCAUAUCCCUCCAUUUCAGAGGUCACCAUAGAAUUUUGGAAUUCUACAUUUGCUCACCAAAUUAUUUUUGAUUUCCCCCCUUGCCUGCUUCAUGUCUUGGACAAGCUAUCAAGACAUGGAAAAUUGAAACUUCAGAAUAGAAGCUUAUCAUCUUUUCAAAAACGCCAUACUCGUGAAGAAAUAAGCGACACUCUGCAGGGAUACAAAGUGACUGCAAAACAGAACAAGACUUCUAAGAGGGUGGAAUUAUUGUCUGAUACACAAAAAGAAGCACCUCCUUUAAGUUUUAAAAAGAAGAGGUUGGAACUGACUGAGCAUCAAAGGGAAGUCAGGCGAGCUCAGCAAGGAAGGGAAAGGGAUGCCGGAGGACAUGGCCCUGGAAUUAGAACUUACACCAAUGCUGACUUUUCACAAGGGUUUGAUGAUUCACAAGAAAGCCAGGAUGAAAUUAGAGAUUCUGAAGCCAUAUUGGAGAUGUUGAGAAAAAUUAUCUAA